AUGGCAUCGAUGACACCCGCACCCUCGACGACGCCCCACCCGGCGAUCCUGUAUGUCCUGCCGAAGGAGCAGGUCGCCCGGGCGCUCGGCGACUUCGUCCUCAAGGCCCAGGAGGAGGCGCUCUCGAAACGCUCCAAGUUCACACUCGCCGUCUCCGGCGGAUCGUUGGCCAAGACGCUCGUCGACGGGCUCACUGGCCGGGCCGAGGUCAAGUGGGACAAAUGGGUCGUCUUCCUGGCCGACGAGCGGGUCGUCCCCCUCGACCACGAAGAUUCUAACUACCGCAUCGUCCAUGAAGGCCUGUUCAGCCAGGUGCCCAUCCCCACCGAAAACAUCCAUCCCAUCUCCACCGAGCACCUCGACGACCCCGAGGAAGUCGCUCACGACUACGAGAAACAGUUGAUGAACGAAUUCGCAGGCAAGAAUGCGGUGGCGUUUCCCCGCUUCGAUCUGAUUCUGUUGGGCGCGGGGCCAGAUGGCCACACAUGUUCGCUGUUCCCGGGGCACGAGUUGUUGAAGGAAGACUCGGCCUGGGUGUCCUGGCUGACCGACUCGCCCAAGCCGCCCUCGACCCGGAUCACGCUCACCUACCCCGUCCUCAACCAUGCCCACAAGGUAGCCUUUGUCGCCGUCGGCGCCGCCAAGAAAGACGUCAUCCAGAACGUCCUCGACUCGCCCCAGCUCGGCCUGCCCUCAUCCCUCGUCAAACCUAUCCCCCCCGGCCAGGUCUUUUGGUUCGUCGACGAGGCCGCUGCCUCGCAGACCCAAUACGUCAAGACCGACUUCAAGCUCUGA